AUGAUUGACAAACGUUUAAACGAAGCUAUGAUAACUAUAAGAAAUGAAGACACUUUGACCUUCGUCGAAGUCACUCGGAAGUUGGACACUCGGAAGGCAGAUGAUAGCAAGCCACUCAAGGAGCUCAGGAAGGAAAAGCCUGUCCGUUAUCUGCAGCUCCGGCCCGACCCCAAGGGAGAACUGCGCGAGCUGGACAUUGAGCGAGUCCAAAACGCAGAAGCCCUCAUCAUUCAGGCCACCAGCAAAUGGCGCGAGCCCAUGUGCGGCAGCAGCAGUUACGCGAACUCGAGGUCAAGGAGGCGAGAAUUAGAUAAAAAUUGGUCGCGAGUCGCGCGCGACCGCUGAGGCGCCGUAGAAAAUGCGGCUCCCUCGGGGGUGUGAGAGGUGUGCGUCGACGAAGUCGCAGUCAC